CUGGUUAACAGUAAAAAAUGUUUCAGUCGAAUGUGAAAAUAUAUUGCAGCAUUUCGGACUUAUGUACAAGCAUACCUCCUAGAUUGUACACAUUUAGAUGUGACUAGAAAUAACCAAGUACAGUUUAUAAUAAUUAAACACAGUCAGUACUAGCUGAUUUACUUAAAUGCUUAUUUCCAGAAAAAUUACUCUUAAAUAUUAUGUAAAUAUACCUAUAACCAACAUAAAACCUUAUCUAAAGGCUCAUAUAAUAUAGACUAACACUGAUGUUUAAACAAAAAUUUUAUUCAGUUAUGGAAGUAUCAUCUUCCUAUUAUUUUCUUUUUAUCCUACUGGUAACUAUUUCAUAUAUUGAACAUACAAAGGGAGAUAUUAAGGUUCAUACUGCUGUUCAGAUUAAACGUCCUUCAAAUAAUCAUUGGAUUGAUCGCGCUUCGUCCGCUCGUCAUUUAACAUCAUCUAUAUCAACAACAACAACACCAACAAUCAAUCCAAAUAGAUAUAUUCAUCCAAGAAACACAUUAUCAGUAAAUGUAAGUUCUGAGCUGAAAAAGAACUCUAUACGACGAAAAGAAUUGCAAGAUCAACCACAACUACCAAAUGGUUAUUCAUCAACGCAUCUUGAUUAUCGAGACAAUCAAAAUCAUCCAAUCAUUGAAUAUAAUCAACCUGAUAUAAUAUAUCCUUACAGAGCGUUGAAUACAUUUCAUAAUUUGCCAACAUGGUAUAAUUUACGAUAUAGACGUUAUCCACGAGAAGAACCAAACCAUCCUUAUAAUGAUGUCAAUUUACAAUUACCAUGGAAUUAUAAACCAAAGUGUAGAUCAUGCGGUCGACCAUUAUUACAAGAUUCAUUUUGUGUAGAUGAUUUCGUUCUACGCGUUUAUAUCUACAAGGAGUCUGUGGAACCAAAUGGUCAGCGACACUACUUAGCUUAUAUUUAUCAAGUAUACAAGGAUACGAAGCAUUAUAUGCAACGAACUCUUGUUCGGCAAAUUGUAUACAAUUGUGAUCGAUUUCAAACUGGUCCAAUCCUUGGUGAAGUUUAUUUGAUAACAGGUAUUUACAUAUCAGAUAUUCCACAUGUUGAUUCUUGUUCUUGGAAAGCCCCAUGGAGUCAAGUAACGCGAGAACAAAAGCGAUAUUUACGCAAGCGAUAUAGCAUUCAUUGUGGCAUAUGUCAAUUACAAAGAGUUUUAUAUGUCAAUCCAUUGUAUCAUCGAAAUCCAAAAACUUGUUAUCUACCAAUCAGUCCAAAUUCCAAUGAAAUGAUGUGUAGAGAUAAAUUCUCAUUGUGCCGAUUACAACGAAGAACAAAUCGAUGCAGUUUUUUAAAUAAUAAACCAUAUCGUAUAUGUGAGACAUGGUCAACUAGACAAAUCUAAUUUAUUUAUUUUUUACAAUAUGAACAUUAAAAAUGUUUUUUUUGCUUCUCAUUGUUUUAAUGACUAGUGUAUAACGCUUCAAACCACUGACAAUCCUUAUUAUUAAUAUACUAUGUAAAUAUAUAUACAUACAUAUUACAAAAUACUUUAAACAAACAGAACCUCAAUUAAUUUGGACUUGCACAGAUAAUAUUGAUUUAACUGCCUAUGUGAUUUUUAACCUCAAAUUAAUUUAUACUAUUUUCACAUUCCACAGAAUUCAAUCUUAUUCAAAUUAUAUUCAUAGUAUUCAACUGUCCUCAUCAUCUUUAAUCGAUUAGAUUUAUGUCGAUUGUAUAUCUGGUAUAUUGUGUGUGUGUCUGUGCAUUUAUCUGUCUACCGAACAUCAAAUGAUAUGAAUUAUAAUUCACAUAAUUAAUAGGUAUGCAUGUAUGUAUGCUUUUUCGAAUGAUCCGCUGUCAUUUCAAUGUUUCAUUAAUUGAUCAUUUUUCAUUUGGGCGCCUUUUUGUCUCUGAGAGUAAUGUGCAUUUUCUUUUUUUUUCUUCGUUAAACUUUUCAAUAAAUUUCUGUACAGAAUAAUAAUAUUGUUUGUUUGUUGCUUUUUUUAAAGAUUUUAUUGAUAAUUUAUAUUUGAAUUGAUAAAAAAAAUAGUUGUGUGUAAUAUAAGCUUAUUGUGU